AUGGCACCCGACGGACCUCUCGUCCUCCCAGGCGAGACAAUCGAUCCGUCCCUGGUCCCUUCCCACCCCAAGAACCCUCUCCGACUCGGCCCCGGGCUCCGACACAUUCCCCCAACUGACAUCGUGCCCACCGUCGCGGGUCAGCUCAUCACCAACCCUGUCAAAAACUCCAUGUGGAUAGAAUACAACUCCAAUCGCUACAUCCCCUCCCCCAACGACCUCAUCCUCGCCCAAAUCCUCCGCUCCACAACCGACGCCUACCUCUGCCUCAUAACCCCCUAUUCGGCCCCCGCCACCCUCCCCCAUCUCGCCUUCGAAGGCGCCACAAAAAAGACCCGCCCCCAGCUCGCCCCCGGCCAGCUCGUCUACGCGCGGAUUACCCCGGCCUCGGCGAAUAGACAUAUGGAUCCGGAAUUGGAGUGUGUGAGUGCUACGACGGGGAAGGCGGAUGGGUUGGGGCCGAUUGGGGUUGUUGGUACUACUAGUGGGAGUGGGAGUGGGAGCACAGGGCCAGGGUGCGUGUUUGAUAUUAGUUUGGGUUUCGCGCGGCGGCUGUUGAUGGCGCGGAGUCGGGAGGAUGGUGGGGUGGGGGUGUUGGAGAUGUUGGGUGGGGAGGAAGGUGGUGGACUGGCGUUUGAGACGGCGGUGGGGAGGAAUGGGAGGGUGUGGGUGGGGAGUGAGAGUGCGAGGACGGUGGUGUUGGUGGGUAGGGCGCUGCAGGAGACGGAUCGGGCGGGGUUGGGGAUGGAAGGGCAACGGAGGUUGGUGAAGAAGUUGGUGAGGGAGAUGAAGUGA